CUGAUCUUCUUCAUCAAGGUGCGGUUUCUCCGGACAGGUGCUUCACCCAUUUCCAGAUCAGGGAGGAAUUUAAAGCCGAAUUGGGGGUUGUUGUUUUUUGGACACUCCUCGAGGAAACUUUGGAUUUUAAAGUAAGUUUUUAAAAAAAAAAAUUCAAGGCGAUUUGCACUUUAAGGACAAACUAGGCAACUUUUUUUAAGAAGAGGAGGAAAAAAAACAGAAGAAGAUGGCGCAUAAAGGGCUGCAGAUGCUGGGGUUUAUUCUGACUGUGAUCGGGCUUAUUGGCCUCAUAGCCGGCACCAUCAUGCCCCAGUGGCAAAUGUCGGCCUACGUUGGAGAUAACAUCAUCACCGCCGUGGCCAUGUACCAGGGCCUGUGGAUGUCCUGCGCCUACCAGAGCACCGGGCAGAUACAGUGCAAGGUCUACGACUCCAUGCUGCAGCUCAACAGUGCUCUCCAGGCCACUCGUGCACUGAUGGUCAUCAGUAUCAUCCUGACCGUGAUGGGACUGGGCGUGGCCUCCAUGGGCAUGAAGUGCGUUAACUGUGGCGGUGAUGACAAAGUGAAAAAAUCUCGCAUUGCCAUGACCGGAGGCAUCGUCAUCCUGCUGGGAGCUGUGUGUGCCAUCGCCGCCUGCUCGUAUUUCUCCUACCAGAUUAUCCGGGAUUUCUACAAUCCCUUCACUCCGGUCAACACAAAGUAUGAAUUCGGCGGUGCCAUUUUCGUUGCCUGGGCCGGAACUUUCCUCACUGUUUUCGGUGGCGGCUUGCUGGCUGCAUCCUGCUCCAGGAGCCAGAAGUCCGUCCCAAAAUAUCCAAAGUCUAAGCCUUCAAGCAGCACCAAGGAGUACGUCUGAGUGCCAGGCUCAUGCUCGCUUCAUACCAAAUCGUUAACUGCAGUGAGCUGGUGGUUUUCCUGUGUGGCUGAUCUGAGAGCAGUUAGUUUUUUUAGCUUAAAGCUAAUGUUUCUGAGAUCACCACACCAGGGUGGUGACUACAUCUGGCUUGUGGCAGCGCAUUGUUUUCAACUGUCCUCUUUUCUACCAUAGUUAAAGGUGCCUUUUGUCCUGUUGUGUGUGUUUGUUUUUUUUUUUUGAUGAAUACAGUUAUCUGUAACUCCAUGCUGUUUUACAGAAGGAUGUUUUGAGACUGAUUACUUUCUCUCUGAAGUGUACUAGAGCACAACACUCAGGGAUCAAUGUGUAUCUCUAUUUUCUAGUUCUCAACCCCCGUCUCCCUUGUUUAGUCGUAAGACCCAAAUACAGAACACUGAAUGGUAGCAUUUACGUUUAAAAAUCGUACACUGUUUAUAAAACACCGACGUCACGUACGUUACACCUCCGUCUCGUUCCUUCUUUGGAAAAGAAAAAUGAAGUUUGCUAAGCAUCACUUUUCCCACCUUCCACAACCAGCAGCCUGUUUAUAGAGCUUUGCAGUAGAUCCUGCUGAUCUCUCGACUCUGGUCUCAACCCAAAAGUAAAUAUUAACCUUUUAUUUUAUAAACCGUGGCCUCUUGUUCACCUUUCUACCACACAUUCCUGUCAUUCUCUCCUGCCCAAAAAACCCCAGCGUUGAGGAAUAAUAGCUGUAGAUAGUUUUUUUUUUUUUAUCAUCCUGCGAGUUCAUUUCUUACGGUCUCAAUUUUUAAAAAAAGUUAUUUUAUGCAAUAAUUAAUUUUAUGUAAAUAAACAGGAAAUUGAUUACGCUG